GCUGGCCGGGUUGAAUUGUAAUCACGUUUGCAUAGGAAAACCAUAGGCAUUAAAACCAGGGGAAAACAUAAUGCUUCUACGUCGCUUUGGCUCUGAGCCGACUUCGCCAUAUAACAGUGGGGGGCACUUGGUUCACGCCCGGGAGGUGGCCCGUCCCCGAUUCCAAAUCUUUCAGCCGGUGCAAAACACGCGUACACGGGCGAGAUUAAUCGAACUCUCUGUUGUUUUGAAUCUGCUAGACACAGACUGGAGGGGGUACGGCUUUGAGUAGAAGAUGGCGGAUGUUGAAGGCGAUGAAAUUCGGUCGGCUCUCCUUUCGGCUUCCAGUAAUGGACCCGCUGCAGGUUCGGUAGUCGGUACCGGAGGCCAAAAUGCUACCCAGGUGACGUCAGGUCCACGGAUGGUUAGAAUUGUAAAGUCGGAAUCAGGAUAUGGAUUCAACGUUCGUGGACAAGUUAGCGAAGGAGGACAACUGCGAAGCAUUAAUGGGGAAUUGUACGCCCCUCUUCAGCAUGUCAGUGCUGUUUUGCCUGGAGGGGCGGCGGACCGAGCUGGCAUAUCAAAGGGUGAUAGGAUUCUUGAGGUUAAUGGAGUGAGCGUGGAAGGGGCCACCCACAAGCAGGUGGUGGAUCUGAUCCGGGCCGGAGAGAGGGAGCUGGUGCUGUCCGUGCUGUCUGUGCCUCUCCAGGAGGCAGACUGCCUGGAGGCUGGGGACGAGAGCGCUGCCCAGCUCAGCUACGACUACAGCGACAAGCAGGCCGUACCCAUCUCUAUCCCCACCUUCAAGCACGUGGAGCAGCACGCCGAGAGGUUUGUGGUGUACAACGUGUACAUGUCGGGCAGGCAGCUGUGCGCCAAGCGUUACCGAGAGUUUGCUAUCCUGAACCAGAACCUAAAGAGGGAGUUUGCCAGCUACACCUUCCCCAAGAUCCCCGGGAAGUGGCCCUUCUCCCUGUCUGAGCAGCAGCUGGACGCACGCCGCAGGGGCCUGGAGGAGUAUCUGGAGAGAGUUUGUUCUGUGCGGGUGAUUGGGGAGAGUGACAUCAUGCAGGAAUUCCUGUCUGAAUCAGAUGAGAAUGACAAUGGUGUGUCAGACGUGGAGCUGCGGAUAUCUCUGCCAGACAAGACAACCAUCUCGGUCAGGGUGCGCAAGAACAGCACGACUGACCAAGUCUACCAGGCUUUAGUGAUGAAGGUUGGUAUGGACAGCAUCAUGGCCAGCUACUUUGCCCUCUUUGAAGUCAUCAACCACUCCUUUGUGAGAAAACUGGCCCCCAACGAGUUCCCCCACAAGUUGUAUGUGCAGAACUACACAUCGGCCGUGCCGGGUACCUGUCUGGCCCUCCGCAAGUGGCUCUUCACCUCUCAUCAGGAGGAGGAGCUGCUCAGGGACAAACCUCUGGCCGUUCACUACUGCUUCCACCAGGCAUUGGAUGACGUGAAGAAGGGAUUCAUCAAAACUGAAGACAAGUCGUACCAGCUGACGAAACUGGCAGAGCAGCGCAAGAUGGCCAUGUAUCUGAGUCUGCUGCGCUCCUGUGAGGGAUACAAUGAGGUUAUGUUCCCCCACUGCUCCUGUGACUCCCGGAGGAAGGGCCACGUCAUCACGGCCAUCAGCAUGCACCACUUCAAACUGCACGCCUGCACAGAGGACGGCACGCUUGAGAACCAGGUGAUAUCGUUUGAGUGGGCAGAGAUGCAGCGCUGGGACACCGACGAGGAGGGCAUGGCGUUCUGCUUUGAGUACGCCAGGGGGGAGAAGAAACCUCGCUGGGUCAAGAUCUUCACACCAUACUUCAACUACAUGCACGAGUGCUUCGAGAGGGUCUUCUGUGAGCUCAAGUGGAGGAAACAGGUUGAAAAAGAGGCCUCUGACAAAGACAACCAGAACUGCAGUAACAAUGAAUAUCUCCCUGCUCUGGAGACACAGAAGGGGUGGCGCCAUCUAGGGGGCGAGAUCGCCACAUCCUAAAUACUCCACCAGAAUCGGUCCACUCACGCCGUCACAGCCGAGAACGCCAUCUGCAAAAGAAACAACAAAAGACAACUGAGGCGAUUCACUCCAGAAACUGGAAACCAAUUAUAUUUAUUUUUAAUGUUUUUUAAUGUAUCACACAAACCCAGGAAUUCGCAGAUAGACGACGAGCAAUGAAGGGGGAAAAAAACAUGUCAUUACUAGAUGUUCAUAGAACAGCAUAUACUUUUCCCUCCGCGCAUCACCCCUGACAUGAGGCGGGACACUAGCUGAGUUCUUCCACCCCACUGGUUGAGGAAACCGAACAGUACAGUGCGAUUGGUCAAUGUUCACAGCAGCCUGCGACACCAUUGGACGAAGGGAACACCUUGACGUGAUCAACAGAUGACACACGCCAGCCAGGAAGCCAGCCGGCAUCUGCGAUGUGAUUGUGAAGGCCAGUUCUGCAACACGUUUGGUCCGGGCCAAUGCUUUCAAUGUGCCUCUGGUCUGCUGAACUACAAGAUGACAUGCUGGGAAACAUGAUAGAGGGUGGGCGGGACACCAUUGUCACUGGCAAUGCUAAACGGGAUAUAGCAUUGUUUUCACUGACGCAGGACAUUAUCAGAUUAUGUUUUUUGGACAAGGGGGGUAAGAAACAAAAGGUAUCUGUCAAAAGCCAAGGAGGCUGUAGGCUACAAAAAUAGUCACACAAUCUGUAUAUAAGCUCCCAGUAAUUAAUUGGGUGGUUUACCCAAUCAAUUACUGGGAGUGUGUGUGUGCAACUCUAUUUUUAUAGUCUACAGUUUACUCGGCAUUAGUCAGCACCUCUAACUUUUUUGGGGUGUGCGCCAGCUCAUUGCUUUUCAAAAGAUUAGGAGACAAAAGUAACCGAUGCAAGGGGUUAUGUUGUACACUUAUGUUUUAGGAAAACCUGCUUUAGUGAUUGAUUUAAUAUAAGAGCUCAAGAAAUUACUUUCUUAUUCUAACCGUGUAGAAAGUUGACAGUGGCGCUUCCUCCUUGGCUUCUCAUCCUUGCUCUAUUUUUCACAUUUUCCAACCUAUCUAAUACACUCUUGUUUAGAAUGUCUGUUGGCAGUUCACCACCACUGAAAGUGUGAACAUUUAUCCCUUUAAAAUUGUUGUGGUAAUUCAGUAGAAUCUCCAAGUUCAGAGAUAAAAUGUGUUUUUUCAUCAGUGGUGUUUGCAUCUACUCAGUGAAGUCAGGGCUUGACCUUGAACUUAACGUUCAGAGAAACUACAAACGAAGUGAAAAUUUCCCCCCACUCUGAGUAUUGAUCUAUGCAUACAGACUGGGAGAAAGGGAUGGAAGUAGUGUAUUGUGUUUGUGUUCGGGUGCAGUGCUUAGCGCAACCAGCAGAGAGCAGUAGAGUACUACUAAAGUACCACUCCGUACUACUGAGUCAGUGUUGAGCGGACCAAGCGAGGGAAAGGUCUUUCAGGACCUUCCGUAGAGAUUGCUUCCCUGGGCUCUGUAACUCACCACUGAGUACUGCUCUGCAGUUUGUUUAACUGUGUCAGGAGGACAAAUGGUGCGUGUGUGUGCACCUGUGUCUGCGUGUGUUCCUGCGUAGAAGUAAGUGCAUUAACAAGUGGGAGCGUGGCCACAGCAGCCCGAGCAGGUACAGUUAUGAUGCAGGUUGUCUCUCUGUUGCCCCUCAUUGCACCUUGCCUAACCAAAUGGUUAUAGUAUUAGGCUGGUGUGAGCAUGCGUCUCCAGUCUUCCCUCAGUAUUGUUAAGGCGGUAGGCCCGAUUGGGGCGUGGCCAUGGGGGUUUAGGUUUUGAGGCAGCAGAUAAAGACUCAAGGCGGCAUCCCAAAUGGCACCCUAUUCCCGAGGUAGUGCACUUCUCUUGACCGGGGCCCAUAGGGCUACAUAGGUAAUAGGGUGCCAUUUGGGAUGCAACCCAGAGAGGGUUAUGCAGGGUGACAGCUGUGCAGAUAGAGAUGGAUGGGUGGCAUUUCCCCUCCCCUAGCGAGCUAUGCCUUGCAGCGUCUUCAGGCUGUGUAAGGUUAGCCCACAUCCCUUCCAUGCCUCAACUUUGUUGAAAUGAAGGCUAUUACUGAAGUUUGACAGGUGUAAAAUUGUACCAUUCUUAAUUGCAUGGUUCUGCACUCUUGCCUCCCGAAAGGAGAAUUGGCAAUGACAGAACGUAACACUAGCAUGUCCGUUAUAAAUGCCACUGCUGCAUUCUGAAAGGAGUGCUGAAGAUGUGCAAUUGAGGUGCUGCCUAUUCGUUUUGACAGGCAGAGUAAUAGCCAAUUUAGAGAUGGAUGACAUAAAGAUAGCAGAUGCUCUACCAGAACGUGUGUGUGGUUUUGAGAGAGGGGAGAGCGACAACUAGCGCGUGCGCGCGCCUCCUUUCAGUGUGCCAGUGUUCCAUUCCUCCACUCCAGGUUGGUCUGCCAUCAGACUAGAUGUGGUUGCCUUGGCAGCACUACGCUGUCUGAGCAUGCCCAGUCUAACAUCGCCCCAGACCACGUAACUGACUCACUCACACUUAUAACGUAUUCAUGUUAAUGUUCUUUAAUGUUUGUCAUCAUAAUGGUAUGUGUCCUUGAGAUAAAGCAUUUGACAGACUUCGGUGUACGUCCCUAGGCUGUAGCAGGUGCUCUCUUAGCUUUUAUACCCUGGGAAUACAGAGGCACAGACACGCAUACAAAUACACAGGUGCACACUUGUAUGUAGAGUGGGGUGUCCUUGUCAUCAGUGGUCCAUCGUCAUGGUAACAGGGAGCAGGAGCCGGCAAGAUGCCAGUGAUACUAAGAAGAUGUCUUUGUUUAAUUUGCUCCAAGCGACAAUAACGCUAGUCACCUGCACAUACUUUGCUUUAUCUCUAUAAUGUCCGUUUUAAGAGAAUUAUCAUGUCUCCCCUAUCGAAUGGAUUUCAAAGGUCAGUCACCCCUGUACCUUUUUUGUUGCGGUAUUAUUAAAAGGUCAGUGUCCUCCUCUGAUAGCAGCUUGACACUGAUGUAGUCCAGUUACACCACCCUUCUGAACGGAACAACGCCACUCCGGGGCUACUUUCAGUAGCCAAAUAAUGUCAAACUUUGAGGAUAGAAAAGUCAUGAAUUGAGCUGGUAUGACUCCUUAUUCUGCAUGUCAGAGAGGGGUGUUUGUUCUACAUGCUGUAUUUCUAUCUGAACGUUCCAAAAUGUUCUGCCCUGCUGAACGCACCACAGCGAUAAAGGACAUCACACACUUCUUUCCAUAUGUGCUAGACGUUCUAAAAGAAUAACAUGGUAGGCCUUUGUGUAGUUAAAACAUUUUAUUUCUGUACCUUAUGCUUCAGGUGAGCAGGGCUUUUGUUCGAAGGCAAGUAUAGGCACAUUAAAACCGAGACUUGUUUCUUCUUCAGCAUAACUUGUAAAUUAUUGCAAAAUUGUAAUUUGGAUAAAAAUGCACUUUCUCUCGAUUGAAAACGUAUAAUUUAUUUCAGCAAAUUACUAAAGUUGUGGGAAAUCAUAGUGUUGUGUGCUAGCACCACUGUUGGUCAGUUAUUUUGUGUAGGGUAUUUGGCAAAGCAAGAGCUAACUUAAAUAUACAUUAAGUCAAGUUCUGGAAGUAAAGCAGUGUUGCAUUUACUCAAACUAAAGACAUGAAUUAACAACUGAUACUGAAACUCAAAUGGUAAGUUUUUUUUUAUAUCUCACAAUAUAUGAAGGUUUACUAACCAAUGUAAAAAAGGAAAAACUGGUUUGAAAAUGUAAUGUAGAGUAACAAAUUGUAAUGUUAUUUUAAAUAAAAUGAUAUAUUGAAGAAAA